AUCGUCAAUCCGUCAUCCAUCCCACCACGCGCAACACGCCCUCCGGCCCGACCCGACCCGCCACGAGCGCGUCCCUCUCCGGGCAGCAGCGGGCAGCAGAAAGAUGGUGGCGACGGGCGACGCGGAGGACGCGGCGGCGGGGUGCCGCGCGCGGGCGGCGCUGCUGGGCGGGUACGAGCUCGGGCGGACGCUCGGGGAAGGCAACUUCGGCAAGGUGAAGCACGCGCGGCACCGCGCCACCGGGGACCACUUCGCCGUCAAGAUCCUCGACCGCGGCCGGGUGCUCUCCCUCCGCGGCGCCGACGACCAGGUCCGCCGCGAGAUCGCCACGCUCACCAUGCUCGCCCACCCCAACGUCGUCCGCCUCCACGAGGUUGCUGCUAGCAAAACAAAGAUCUAUAUGGUGCUUGAGUUUGUCAAUGGAGGCGAACUUUUUGACAGGAUUGCAAUGAAGAAAAAACUAUCUGAACGAGAAGGAAGGAGGCUUUUUCAGCAGCUAAUUGAUGGUGUGAGCUAUUGCCAUGGAAAGGGUGUCUACCACAGAGACCUCAAGCCUGAAAACGUUCUUAUUGACCGGAAAGGCAACAUCAAGAUCUCUGAUUUUGGUCUCAGUGCUUUACCACAACAUCUCGGGAAUGAUGGAUUGCUGCAUACAACCUGUGGUAGCCCCAACUAUAUUGCUCCUGAGGUUCUGCAGAACAGAGGUUACGACGGAUCAUUGUCGGAUAUCUGGUCUUGUGGAGUAAUUCUUUACAUAAUGCUCGUAGGAAACCUUCCGUUUGAUGACCGAAAUAUGGUUGUUCUUUAUCAGAAGAUUUUCAAGGGUGACGCUCAGAUCCCGGAGUGGCUUUCUCCCAGUGCACAAAACCUCCUUCGUAGGAUUCUUGAACCAAAUCCGAGGAAGAGGAUUAACAUGGCAGAGAUAAAAAUACACGAAUGGUUUCAGAAGGACUAUAUUCCUGUUGCUCCAUAUGAUGACGAUGAUGAAGAUGUACGGCUUGGUGCAAUUCUACCUAUCAAACAGCAAAUUAGUGAAGCACCCGGCGACAAGAGCACUCAUCAGAUGAACGCUUUUCAGCUGAUCGGAAUGGCAUCCUCCCUCGAUCUUUCAGGUUUAUUUGAGGAAGAGGGAGUGUCCCAGAGAAAGAUCAGGUUCACAUCAGCACAACCACCGAAGGAUUUGUUCGACAAGAUUGAAGUGUCCGCGACACAGUCGGGGUUCCAUGUCCAGAGAGCGCAUAGCAAGCUCAAAAUAACGGGAAACUGCAAUGGACCGAACAACCCCACACCAUUCUUAGUCUGUGCCGAGGUGUUUGAGCUUGGCCCCUCUCUUCAUGUUGUGGAGCUUAGGAAGUCCCAUGGUGACACUGCAGUGUACAGACAGCUCUGCGACAGGAUCUCGAGUGACCUGGGAAUUGACAAGAUUUUUGGGAUGGGGUCGCUCUUCGACGACAACCUCCCGAGCUUCGACAGCAGAGCCGCGACACCACUGGUUGCCUUGUGAUGAGUGCUGUGUUGUAGGUACCCCAACUGACAUGAUGUUGUAGGACGCUAGGACCAUAGCUGUUUAUUGAUUGGAAAUGACGAUGGUGGUGUAAGGAUUAGGAUCGUACAGUGUACAGAACUACAUACAGAUAGGGGAGUGGUGAAACUGACUAUGUAUGAAGGCCAUCAUCCUCAGAUGAAGGGGUGUGAUAGCGGCACAACAGUGGUUGAGCGAUGUAAUAAUUUUUUUGCGCAAAAAGGCCAAAGGCCUUAUAUUACCGAAAAA